GCACACCAGUUUCUCUCGGCAUUCCUUUUCCUGACUCUGAGAUUGAAGAGAAGUUUCUGCUACGGGCCCUCGUGGACCCUGGCCUCAGCAUUUCCUAGUAACAGAACAUGCAGCCAUCGCUUCGUAGCAGGACUCCUUACUGUAAGCCAGAGACACAAGGCCAGGCAUGAUCCAUUUUAGGGAAUAGUGGAGGUUUGUUGAUCCAUUUAGGGAAUAGUGGGCCGUAGUUAUAGGUCACUUGCAUGGAUUCGAGCUCCUCUCCUGUACCCCUGGCCUGGGUCAGCCUCAGAGCUGGUGUGAAGCCCCUGUGGCAUGGAGUGGGCACAUGUGUGGGAUGGCUCUGAGGCAUGGGCCCUCUGUCCCAGGACACCCUGGAGAAGUGUGGCAAGUGUGGCGAGGUGGUCCGAGAACACAUCAUCAGGGCCCUGGGCCGGGCCUUCCACCCAACCUGCUUCACGUGUGUGAGCUGUGCCCGGUGCAUCGGGGAUGAGAACUUUGCCCUGGACAGCCAGAACGAGGUGUACUGCCUGGACGACUUCUAUCGGAAAUUCGCCCCUGUGUGCAGCAUCUGUGAGAAUCCCAUCAUCCCCCGAGACGGGAAGGAUGCCUUCAAAAUCGAGUGCAUGGGAAGAAACUUCCAUGAAAAUUGCUACAGGUGCGAGGUGAGUAGAGCGGUGAUUUAAUGAUGCUGCGGGUUCUGUUCGCCACUGCCCGGGCCCUGGGCUGGGACAGGUCAGGGUCGGGCUCGG